UAGUGAUACUCCUUUUCUCUGCUCUUUCCAUCACCUGUUGUAGCUGCCUGUCCAAUCACUCUCUUGAUUGCCUCCGACUUCUCCUCGUCAAUAUGUCUGUCAUGGAACAAAUGGACGUCGACUUCUUGAACGCUUCUCCGGAGCUACAGGUGGAUUUGAUGAACAUGAUGCUGCAGUUGCAGCAACUUGCGGAGCUAUCGGAAGCCCUGCCGCCUAACGAACAGCUCUCCGCAGCUUCCCCGCAGGCGUUCCAUUCCUCUCCCACCGCGCCUGCCUCGCCCGUGUUUGCUGGUCCCCAGACUUCCUCAUCGUCUUCCUUGGACGCUACCGCUGCCUAUGAUCCAAUCAUGGGGCCACUGUUGAACGGUAGCCUUGCGGGCGACCCGUCGCUGGCGAGUGGCCCGUCGUCGCUUGCUCACGGGCCGGCCUCGACGGCGGCUAUGAGGGAGAUGAUAUUCCGCAUCGCCGCGAUGCAGCCGGUCCACGUCGACCCGGAUUCCGUCAAGCCGCCGAAACGCCGGAACGUGAGGAUCUCCAAGGACCCCCAGAGCGUGGCGGCCAGGCUCCGGAGGGAGCGGAUCAGCGAGCGGAUGCGAGUGCUGCAGCACAUGGUCCCCGGGGGCACCAAGAUGGACACGGCGUCGAUGCUCGACGAGGCCAUCCACUACGUCAAGUUCUUGAAGACGCAGGUGCGGUCACUGGAGCAGGCGGCGGUGAGCCAGGGAAUGGGGGCGGCGGCGGCCCUGCCGCCCACCGCGGGGCUCAUCCCGUCCCCCGGCGGCUACUCCUACUUCCAGGACAUGUACCAGCUGCAGGACCAAACGUUCAUGAACUUUGCCCAGAUGUAAAUACGAGUUAGUGGAGUCCCAGCGCGUGAUUUAUUAGGUAGCGAGGAGUUGUGUCGAGUGGUGUUCUUGAUGAAGAGUUGAUGCUCCAACUCUUCCACCCUGCCUCUGCCCGUCUCAUCUGUGUAUCUUCACCCGUGUGCGUGUGUGUGUGUGUGCGUGAGUGAGUGAUACCAUAGGGUGGUUGGUCCGCCGUGUAUGUUUUUACUUGGUUCACAGAAUAGAAUGUU